GCGCUAUGGCUACAGACGCCGUGGUAUUCGACGUCGCCACCUUCUUCGUCGACCACCGCUUGUUCGAUGAGAUCGUGAGGGGCAGAAUGCGCAUCACGAAGGUCGCCGAGUUGAGCCUGUGCCUCAUAGGCCACAAGGACGCUGCCGGUCCAUUGUCCCGAUCUGGGAUGACAUCCCUCGUUAAGAAGGUGGUGGGGCGCCUUGUAGCUGAGAGGGCAGAUGCCCAGUUCUUGAGGAUGACCGAUUCCACCGUGGACAUCGACCUCUUGCCAGAGAUAUUGUCCAGCACCACAGGCCACGCCAUUGGCAACGCAGAGAUGGACGACGCAUACACCCGGAUCCGAGACGACCUCGCAGCUGCGGCCGCGCCGAAAAGGAGAAAGAUUGGCGCGGCGCCAGAUGUGCAGGCGCUACGGGCCGCCUCUUCGGGGUCGCUCGAAGGGGGCCCUUCUUCCGCGUCUUCAGCGGUGGUGCCGCGCGUCGAGGGGCCAGCGGGCGGCGCCCUUGCGCUUGCGCCGCUCGUGCCAAGCCGCGCCAUGUCAGUGGAAGACUUGCUGCAGGUGAUCGAGCGCAGGGAGGCCGACGUGGCCGCGUUGCAGGCAGACCUCGCUCGGGCGCAGAGCCAAGCCAGGCACUUUAAGAAGCGGGCGGCAGAUCUCAAGGAGAAGCUUGACGAUUCCCAAUCAGAGUUGGCGCUGACCCGCGCGAUGGUGAAUUUUCGCCCUGGGCGAAGUGUCAGCUUGUUCGGCGGGUACAGCCUGGCGCUGCGCAGAAAUAUUGCGCACGCGUCCGCCCUUGCGACGGCGAAGAUGGUGCUGGGGUGCGACGGCGAAGGGCAGAGUGGCAGGCAGCCCGUGACCAUGUACGAGUUCAGGCUCGCGGCUGCCAAGGUCGUCCGAGCGAGAGGAUUUUACGACCAGUGCGGCCACGGCCAGCAGGGCGCGCUAGACGUGCACCUCAUUAAAGCCGACGCCACGAACUCGCAAGCGGUACAGAAAGCCAAAGUCCACGUCUCGAUCAUCCACAGCAGCUGCUGCAAUCCCAGCGAGAUUGUGGACGCGCUCAGCGCGAAUGGCGAGGAGGUCUCGGCAGGCUGCGUCGCCCCGCACGUGGACGUCCUUUCUACCACUGGAGAUUUAUUGCAGGUGUGCGUGGGCAGUGGGGACGAGACGUACGCGCACUGUGAACGCCACUUCGAGAGCGUCCACUGCCCCACGUGGAUGGAGUGCGCGCGCGCCGAACGCGCCCCCGGCAGGUGCAGCGUGUUCGUUUUCGGCGUCGACGCAGGCCCCGACAAUAUCGGCAUGCUGGGCCGCGUGCAGCGGGACUUGGCAGGCAUUGACAGCGCCAUGUUCCAAGCGGUCUUUUGCUACCUGCACCAAUCCCAUCUCAUCGUGAAGGACCUCCUCGCCCGCCUGGAGAAAUGGGGAUGGGGCCCGCUGAGCCCGGCGAGGCCGUACUGGGGCUCCGUCGCCACGUUGGCAAACGUGUGGCGCUCCCGCGGCAUGCCCGCGAAGAUCUGGGAGGCAGCUUUCGCCGAGUGCCCCACGAAGGCCAUCGCUGAUAAGCAUUUCAAGAAGUUGCCGGGAAAACCCCUUCGGGGGCGUUGGGGCAGCAUUGCGGCGAUUGAAGGCCGAAUCUCGGGCGCCGCGCAAUUCCUCGGCAGCGUCUUUCGCAAAGUGCUGGAACCGCUCGUCGACCGCGACAAAAAGCGGAAGCCGCCCCAGCCGAAUAUCGCCGCCGACGAGGAAGGGGAGUACCAGGCUAAGCAGAAGAACUACAGGCGGACUGCGUUGAUCUGCACGGGCUCCAACCUUUGGAUGGCUACAGUCAUGAUCUCAGAGACGGCAAAAGGGCCCCUCACGACAUUCCUUUUCUGGGCGCAGAAAAGGAAGAAGGAGUACGAAGCCCGCGUUCGGGCGGCCUUGCCCAGCGCGUACCUCGGUGCCUCUCCGCUCUCUGAACUCAUGACUAAGAAAGCUUCCAGCGUGUACUCGGAGCUCGGGGAACUCCUGAGCGAUGCCGCGAUGGACUCGCCAGAUAAGUGGGGGCGCGUGUGGGCCUUGGUUCCCGAGGGCGAGAAAGCAAAAGCAAGGCUCUUGAUCGUCACGCUGGUGUUGAGGGCCAUGGCAGGGUGGCAGAUGAGGGUGCUCUGGAAAGCGGACGACUUCCCAAUGUGCCUCUUGCAGGUUCUGGAAGCCCCCCGAGUCUCCGACUCAGAGUCGACGUCCGACCAGCGCAAGGGGAUUGCCUAUCGCCUGCUUCACGCCAAGGCAGGGCAGCUGAGCACAUUCAGCGGCGACCUCGCGCUGAAAGCCAGGAAAAUGUUUAAGAUGGACUGGACGGACAUGCAGGUGACUGGGGAAUGUUCGGAACGACUGUACUGCUGGCUGCUGCUCGUGCGCUCGCGCCUCCCGCAUGACACCCAGGACGUGGAGGGGAUGAAUUCGGUGUUGCAGAGGAUGUGCGACGUCGCCCCGAACAUCCACAUCCCGCUUGCGUCAGACAGGAUGCGCAUCAAAAUGGGGGCGCCCAUCACGGCGGAAGAGUGCACGCAGAUGCACCCGGCCAUCAUGGACUGCCUGCGCUCGCAGAAGCACAUGCAGCGCUUCGCCGAGAUGCCCGCGGAGCCCGCGCGGCCGCCCGACGGGCCUGCUCUGCCAGCCAUUGCCGAUGCGCCAGCAGACCGCCCGCCCGCGGAGCCCGCUCGGCCACCCGACGGGCCCCCUCUGCCAGCCAUUGCCGAUGCGCCAGCAGACCGCCCGCCCGCGGAGCCCGCUCGGCCACCCGACGGGCCCCCUCUGCCACCCAUUGCCGAUGCGCCGGCGGGCCGCCCCCCCGCGCGGCCCGCGCGGCCGCCCGCGGGGCCCGCGCGGCCGCCCAGGCCGUACGUCCCACCAGGCUCGCUUGAAGCUUGCAAGUACGCGAAGCCGAUGGCAGGCCUUAUGCCAGCAUUUGCGGAGCAAGCCUUCUCAUUCUCCCCGCCUGGCGCGGGCGGCCGACCUGCCUUUGUCAUGUGCUGGGCCUACCGCCGCAGGGUCUCCAUCGCCUGGGGCCGCUUGGACCCGUUGGGCGGGGGGAGCGCACUACUCCACUUGGACUUCCCCGUUCGGAUCCAGAAGCUGACCGACGCACUUAUUGACGUGAUGCCAGCGGGGGGGGAGGCAAUGACUGUGUGGCGCGGGAGCCUCAACUGGGUAACGCUCCAGACAGCUGAAUUCUUCGGCGAGGAAGCCGUCGAGGUGUGGCCCCCAAAGCCGAAGCCGCGAAAAGGCGGCGCCGACGGCUCCGACGAAGACUCGUCAGAGGAAGACGACGAGGAAGACGACCGCGACAUGGUGGAGUUUUUAGCUGACCUAAUGGAGGGCCCAGACGAGUACGACGGCGGCGAGUCUGAAGAGGAGCUCGCUGAGCACCCCGAGGAACAAGAGCUCGAUGCCGACGGGGACUUGCCCGACGGCGACGGGGGCGACACGGUCGGCGACCACGCUGAGCCUGAUGAGGACGAUGGCCGCGACAGCCCCAUGGAGCCAGGUACAGGUACCCCGCGGAUCCCGGAAGUGCCCGCUAAAGUGCGCGCUCGAGCCGCCGACGGUCGACGCAUGCUGGCGGAGGCCGUGGCGCGAGCCAGGCGGGCCGAUGGGGCGCCGCUGAGCCCUGGGACGGUCAGCAUGGGAAUCAAACCAGAUGGCCACCCAGUCCUCAUCAUAUGGACAGACCCAGCGAACCGCAUUGGGCGACCAAUGAGGAUCGACGAGCUUGGCAGAAUCAUUGCUCUGGCCGCGUGGCUUCAGCCCAAGACGGACUACAGCGACGUCGCCAUCACGGUGGCCGACACUGGCAUGCGCCAGGAUAGAGGCCCCAAGUCGCUGAGGACCCCAGCCGAGGAAUGGGUCUUACUUCUGCGCCAGCAAGCCCUCACGAGGCUUCACCAGGGGCCUUUGGUCCCUGGCCGCGGAGAGGAGUGCGUCAUCUGCGCUGACGCGCUGGAAGAGGACCCCAACGCGGAGCUGCCAGAUGAGUUGGCGCUGCACUACCGUUGCCAGAUGUGCCUCAUGCUGUGGCACGACUGUUGCGCGAACAGGCCCUGGGGGCCGUGGAUGCCCGCGGGCGCCGUGAACGCGCCGUGCUGCGACGCGGGCCACUACCUGCUCGAUCUGAAUUCGCUUGCGGCCAGCGACAUGGUCGUGCUGUCGCACGACGCA